AUGUGUGAUCGAAAGGAAAUUAAAAGCGAAGGAAAAAAACCUUUUGAACGUUUACCUAAAAAUGUGAUACCCUCUCAUUAUGAUUUGUUUCUCAAGCCUGAUUUGGAAAAAUUCAUUUUUGAAGGAUCUGUAAAUGUUGAUGUGGAGGUGAAAGAGCCAACGAAUAAAAUAAUAUUAAACUGCUUGGAUUUAAAAAUUGAUAAAGUUUCUAUUAAUUGUUUGCAACAAUGUUCUGCAGAACCCAGCUCUGUUACUGUGUCUAAUGAGCUUGAAACAUUAACAUUAACAUUUCCAAGGCCUUUGCCUGUAGGCAAAGCUUGUCUUAGUCUUGCUUUCCACGGUGAAAUUACAGAUAAAAUGAAAGGAUUGUAUCGAAGCAAAUACAUUAGCCCAUCAGGAGAAGAACGUUAUGCUGCUGUAACCCAGUUUGAGGCGACUGAUGCUCGAAGAUGUUUUCCAUGCUGGGAUGAACCUGCAAUCAAAGCAACAUUUGAUAUUACUUUAGAUGUUCCUCUGGACAAAGUUGCUUUGUCCAACAUGCCAGUUACCCAGGAAAUAAAAAAGGACAAUAAUCGUUUAGUUAAAUUUGCAACUACUCCUAUUAUGUCGACUUAUUUAGUUGCCGUAGUUAUUGGAGAAUAUGAUUACAUUGAAGAUGUUAGUAAAGAUGGAGUUAUAGUACGAGUUUACACUCCAGUAGGAAAAAAGGAACAGGGAAAAUUUGCUUUAGAAGUUGCCACUAAAGUUUUGCCAUAUUACAAAGAAUAUUUUAACAUUGCAUACCCUUUACCAAAAAUUGAUUUAAUUGCCAUUGCAGAUUUUUCAGCAGGAGCCAUGGAAAAUUGGGGAUUGGUUACAUAUAGAGAAACUUGCUUAUUAGUAGAUCCAAAAAAUACCUCGGCCAGCAGUAAACAAUGGAUAGCAAUUGUUGUUGGUCACGAAUUGGCUCAUCAAUGGUUUGGAAACUUAGUGACAAUGGAAUGGUGGACGCAUCUUUGGCUAAAUGAAGGUUACGCAUCAUUUGUUGAAUUUCUCUGCGUUGAACAUUUGUUUCCAGAAUAUGAUAUAUGGACUCAAUUCGUAACAGACACUUAUUGUAAAGCUUUAGAGUUAGAUUGUUUGGAUAGCUCACAUCCGAUUGAAGUACCGGUCGGUCAUCCUUCAGAAAUAGAUGAAAUUUUUGAUGAUAUAUCUUACAGUAAAGGAGCAUCGGUAAUUCGAAUGCUUCAUAAAUACAUUGGAGAUGAGGAUUUUCGAAAAGGAAUGAAUAUUUAUUUGACAAAACAUCAAUACAAAAAUACAUUCACGGAAGAUUUAUGGGCAGCAUUAGAGGAAGCGUCCAAUAAACCGGUUGCAGCCGUUAUGAGUACUUGGACAAAACAAAUGGGUUUUCCGGUUGUGAGAGUUAAAUUUGAACAGAACGCAGAUUCUACUGUUCUAACCUUGUCUCAAGAAAGAUUUGCCGUUAAUAAAAAUAAUAAAAAUAAUGACGCCCUUUGGAUGAUUCCCAUUACAAUUGCAACUAACAAGGGAGAAAUAUUUUCUACCGUUCUUGAAAAAAAAUGUCAGGCUGUUACAUUACCCGCCAAUAUGGACAGUUGGAUUAAAAUUAACUGGGGAACCAUCGGUUACUACAGAACUCAAUAUCCUCCUGAAUUAUUGGAUAGACUCUUGCCCGCCAUUAGAGAUAAAACUCUUCCACCAUUGGAUCGUUUAGGUCUUUUGGAUGAUUUGUUUGCUUUGGUUCAAGCGGGGGAAACUCCUACCGUAGAAGUACUAAAAGUAAUGGAAGCUUUCAGCAACGAGAAUAACUACACAGUUUGGUCGAGUAUAAAUAAUUGUCUUGCAAAAUUGAGCCUGUUGCUGUCACAUACGGAUUUAAAAAAAGAUUUGAAAAACUACGUAAGAAUUUUAAUGACUCCGAUUUACCAAAAAUUGGGCUGGGAGCCAAAGAAAAACGAAAGUCACUUGGAUACACUCCUGAGGUCUUUGGUCAUCGGUAGCUUGGCUUCGUGCGAAGAAAAAUCUGUAAUCAACGAAUCAAAAAUAAGAUUUGAAAAUCAUUUGAAUAAGAAAUCUUUGAUUCCAGCGGAUUUGAGAGGACCCGUUUACAGAGCCGUAAUGUCUAGUGGUACCGAAAAAACUUACGACGACUUUUUAAAGUUGUACAGAGAAACAGAUUUACACGAGGAAAAGAAUAGAAUAUGCCGUAACUUGGGAGCCAUUGAAGAUGAAGAAGUAUUGAAAAAAGUUUUACACUUUGCCGUUUCGGACGAAGUAAGAAGUCAGGAUUCGGUUUUUGUUAUCACUUCGGUUGCUGCUCUCAGUAGCGUCGGAAGAAAGUUGGCUUGGAAUUUUUUCAAAGAAAAUUGGCAAGAAUUGUUGAAAAGAUACGAGGGAGGAUUUUUGUUGGCUCGCCUCGUGAAAUACACAACGGAAAAUUUUGCUUCCGAAACAAAAGCACAGGAAAUUGAGAAAUUUUUCCAAGAGCACGAUUUCCCUGGAACGGAACGAACAAUUCAACAAAGUCUGGAAACGAUACGUUUGAACGAGGCUUGGUUGAAACGUGAUGAAAGUUCAAUUCGUGAGUUUUUAACGAGGCACGCGAAAGUCUUAAUUUCAAUAGUAUAA